AUGACAUUCGAGGAGAAGCUGCUGCUGCAGCAGCUAAGAAGGCUGGCGGCUACUCCCUAUGACAAAGACAACAAAACCCAUGAGCAGCUUCUUCACCGCUUUUUUGUUCUUUGUUUCCCUGAGGCUGCGGCGGAAUCCUUUAAAGAAGAAGAUCCUCGAUGGCGAGAAGUUGGCUUUCAGAGUGCAGAUCCCCGUCGUGAUUUUCGUGGUGGUGGUUUGUUGGCCCUGGAGAAUCUGUGUUUCUUUCGUCUUCAUUACCCCUUUCAGUUUGAGGCCUUUGCUAGAAAAAGCUACGAGGCGGGGUUCCCUAUGGCGGCUGCAUUCAUAAACGUUACUCACAUGCUGGCUGCUUAUCUCCGGCUAACAACACCUACAGGUUUAGGUGGCAGCGAACCGCAGGCCCCUCGUCGGGCGCUGCGUAACUUUUUGCGUCUUUGUUUGAGUGCUGCUGCUGCUGAGGAGGAGACAGAGGAGCAUAUGCAGUCAGACACCAGCGCACUGAGGAGCCCCGGUGCCGCUCCCAACUCCAGCAAGCCCAAUGAGGCGUUGCCUUCUCCUCCGUGUUUAACACUACCCCCAGGCCGCCGUCUACGGCGCCGUGGUUCUGAUGCGAAGCAGCAGCAGCAGCAGCAGCAGCAGCAGCAGCAACAGCAGCAGCAGCAGGGGGUAUGUGGAGAGUAUGGUCGUAUGAUGGAGCGUCGAGCUUUGAUUGUAUUUGGCCACUUGUUUGUAGCUGCAUGCAUUCACCUAGAUCAUGAGCUCGGCCUGAGAGGGGCGUGGCAGCAUGAGGGAACGGAUCCCCCCCUGCAAGCCCCCAGCCACCACGCAAGUCAUCGGCGGCUGCAGGUAUCGCUGCAGCACUCGCGGGGCCUCAGCAGGGCCUUGCAUCACCGUCAGGGCCACGGCAGCAGAGACACGCUGGCCCCGGGGGAGAGGUCUUAUGCAUCCUCUGGGGGGGGCAGGCCCUCUCAGGCCUCGAGGGAAUCUCUCUUAACACCAACUGAGGGGAGAGGGGGGGCCCCUAUCUCCCCCACCAGGUCUCUGCUGGCCCCGGACGACACAGUAAGCUGCCCCACAUCAGGAGUUGUAUCCGGGGGCACAUCGCCGCGGUCUUCAGGCGGACACAGCGGCUCCCAGCAGCAGCAGCAACAACAGCAGCAGCAGCAGCAGCAGCAGCAGGAGGGGCAGCAGGAGCAGGGGCAGCACGGGCAACAGCAGCAACAGCAGCAGCAGCAGGCGGAGGGGCAGCAGGAGCAGGGGCAGCACGGGCAAGCGCAGGAGCCUGCAGCGGCCCCGAGGGAGCCGCAGCAACAGCGACAGGGGGCUGAAGAACCCCCCGACAACCUGCUGCACCGGCGAGCGCAGCUGUGCUUUGGGGAGGCCUUAAAGGAAGUGAGGAAUGCUGUGGACGCAGUGUUAUGUGAUGGGGGCGUGGAGACAGUCUCUGACCUGCAGGCCGUUUGUCGUGGCUGCUGGGCGUAG